CACUGCUUUGCCCGCGCGGAAAGCAGUCGACACUCUGCCAUGGCAUUGAAACAUUUUCAACACUCGUUAUUCAUUAAAGGAAGAAAUGAUACAGGCCCGCUUCAGCCGGUGUAUCAACAAUGGUACACGGAUUCGUGCUCAAUGGUGAUUCAGCCAUGUUACGUCCUGCAGUCAGCUGGUACUCCUUAUGAGGGGGAACCUCGGUGGAUGAUAUUUGAGGCCGCAACCGAUAACAGCCACUCCUUUGUUACCGAAACUAACUUCAACAAACCUCCAAAAGAACAUAAUGCCUGGACUCGACUCAUACACGCGUUCAUUCACUAUACAUACGACCUUAGUGGAGACCAAACUUUAAUUUCCAACCUGGAUUGUGACGAUCACGGUAAAAUUAGCAACGUGACCUGCUAUGUUAGAAAUAGCCCGCCAUACCACAGCCGAAAUAAUGCGGAAAUGGCAGGUAUAGUUGAAUGUGCCUUCAAAUUGUUUGCGGAGCAACACGUUUGCAAUGAUAUUUGUGAACUGCUUGGAAACGUUAAGAUGUGAUAGCAAGGUGCCAAUGUUUUUCCGCUUUAUAGUAGCCAUUGUUUAUUGGGUAGUAUAAGUAUUGCUACCCUACAGAUAUUAUCGAUAUUGUUAAUGAACUCAGCAUAUUUAUCAAAUGAUCGGCAUGCACACGAUCAAUGUUUAAAAUGUUAUCCUUUAUAGUUUGUCGAACCCAACCUUUGUUGUGAUUUUCCUUCUGUGUAUAGUGUGUUGGGUGUAGGUAGAUAUUUACCUACAGCCUCUUAUUUGUUUCCUAAACAAAUAACAACAUAGGUUAUGCAUGUAGACCAUAUCCAAAAGGAACGUAAUGUUAUUUCCUUUUUCUCAACUU